AUGUCUUCACCACAGCAACGGCUAUCCUCGGUCGCCAACCAGCUCGCUCCCCAGCGUGUCUCGGCGGCCAAGGCAAAGAUCCUGGCAAAGAACCCGGAUGAUGUCGUCAUCACGUAUCUUGCCCGAACUCCUCUCACGAAGGCCCGCAAGGGUGGUUUCAAGGACACUACCGUGGAUAACCUCCUGAUCUCCCUGCUUACGACUGUCCGCGAAAACUCCAAGAUCGACCCCAACCUCGUCGAGGAUGUCUGUGUCGGCAACUGCUUGGCACCUGGCGCCGCAUAUAUCGCCCGCUCCGCUGUGCUAGCUGCCGGCUUCCCGGUGACCACUGCUGCCUCGGUGACCAACCGUUUCUGCUCCUCCGGCCUGCUGGCCGUGCAGAACAUCGCCAACCAGAUCCUCGCCGGCUCCAUCGAUGUCGGCAUCGCCGUCGGCGCCGAGAGCAUGAGCACCAAUUCCGACGGUGGUGCUCCUGAGAUGGCUGAGCGCAUCACCACGCACCCGAUCGCCUCGCAGAACGCCAUGCCCAUGGGCCACACCUCCGAGAAUGUCGCUGCGCAAUUCAAUAUCAGUCGCGCGCAGCAUGAUAAGUUCGCGGCCGGCAGCUAUCAGAAGGCGGAGCGCGCGCAGAAGGCCGGCUGGUUUGAAGACGAGAUUGUGCCCAUUAAGACGCAGAUCAAGGACCCCAAGACCGGCGAGGUCAAAGACAUCGUGGUUGAUCGGGAUGACGGUAUUCGUUACGGCACCACCGCUGAGUCCCUUGGUAAGAUUCGUUCCGCCUUCCCCCAGUGGCAGCCCAGUGCGACAACUGGCGGUAAUGCCAGUCAAAUCACCGACGGCGCCGCGGCGCUCGUCUUGAUGAAGCGGUCGCGGGCUCAACAACUUGGUCAGCCCAUCAUUGGCAAGUUCUGCGGAGCGACGGUGGCUGGUCUUGAGCCACGCAUCAUGGGAAUUGGCCCUUCGCUGGCUAUCCCCAAGAUCCUGGGCAAGCUCGGCUUGAACAAGGAUGAGAUUGACAUCUUUGAGAUCAACGAGGCCUUUGCCUCUAUGGGUGUUUACUGUGUCGGCAAGCUGGGACUGGAUGAGGCCAAGGUGAACCCGCGUGGUGGUGCGAUUGCCUUCGGUCACCCUCUCGGUGCCACUGGUGCCCGACAAGUUGUAACUGCAUUGGCAGAGCUGCGCCGUCAAGACAAGCGCGUUGCAGUCACGUCCAUGUGCGUGGGAACUGGCAUGGGCAUGGCCGGUAUCUUCGUCUCUGAGCAUUGA